AUGGAGAAGGAGGAGGCAUUUCUUGCCCGUGUCGCCGUGAAUCACCUGUUCCUCUCCCAGUUCGAAGCCCUAAGAGCCUCGAUCCUGAGCCUACGGAAACGCAACCCUGGACUCGCCCUCGCGUUCCUUCGAACCAUCGUAGCCGAUGGUGGGAGGUUCGAUGGCGUUCUCUGGUCCGGCACCUGUAGCUCCCCCUCUCAUCUGGCCUGGCUUGCCGCCCUCGAGGUCCUCGAUUUCCGGAACAUCGCUUCCGUCUGGAGCUUCGACCCUGAUCUUCUCCGCCUCAAGGUCGAGCUUCUCCUCUUGGUCCAGCUGGUUAUCUCCAGGGUUUCGGAUGCAGAGGGCGUGGGCGGAGAAGCUUAUGUGAAUGUUUUGAAUCGGGUGCUGGAUCUAGGGUUGAGGAUUUUGAGGAGCUAUGUGAUGGACGAUAUUGGGGACGAUGAUGAGAUUCCUUUGAUCAUGGAUGAUGAAUUGGGAUCACUCUGGACAGUUUUUCUUGAACAUGCUGAUGUUUUUGAUGAGAUUUGUGCCAAUAUUCAAAGGCAAACCCAAUGGUUUGAGACACCGGAUUCCUCAGGCUUGGCGAUCAGCCUGAGAACGGAGGCCAAAGGAAGCUCGAAUUCCUCCGCUAAAGAGUUGGAAGCUCUAUCAGGGAUGCAGAAACAUGUACAGCUGGCGCAUUUGGAUGCUUUCAAGAAAUGUUUGAGUUCUGAGAACAUGGAUGAAGCCCUUUUGCAUCUUCGGUUUUUUCAUCUGGAUCAUGGAGUUGAGGAGACUGAGUACAAGAUGGCUGUGGAGGAUCUCAUCGGGAUGGCAUGGCCACAAAUUGAUAGUUAUGGAGAAGCAUGGCUUGUUUCACGAAAUAAAAUGCUAAUGAUUUUCACUGAAGCCCUUUCAUCGGACUGCCUUCAGCUAGCACAGACAGUUCAGGUUAUCCAAGAUGAGUUGCUUUCUAAUGAAGUUGAAAAGCAUCGAGCUUCUAAUGCUGGCUCCAUCCCAUUUCCUAUUCAGAAGUACUUGAUAACAUUAUCCCUUGAAAAUACUGCUAAUCUAGAUGAUAAAGUUCCCCAAAGCUUGGCAAUCAAAUCUUGCAUGAGAGACAUGUACCAUUAUGCUCGAAUAUCAGGAACUCAUAUCCUCGAAUGUGUCAUAGAUGCAGCUCUGUCUGCUGUCCGGAGAGAAGGCCUUCAAGAAGCUAGUGAUAUUAUUUCGUUGUUCCCCCUUCUUCAGCCUCUGGUGGCCGUCUUGGGGUGGGAUCUGCUAUCUGGUAAGACAACAGCUCGAAGAAAAUUAAUGCAGCUGAUGUGGACCAGUAAAUCACAGGUACUGAGGUUGGAAGAAUUUCCUAUUUACGGAAAGCACUCUGAUGAGGUAUCAUGUGUGGAGUAUUUGUGCGAUCUCUUGUGCUUUUACCUGGAUCUUGCUUUCUUUGUUGCCUGUGUCAAUUCUGGCAGACCUUGGAGUACAAAAUUUUCAUUGCUCUUUUCUCAGAAGGAUCAGGUUGGAAUGCUAAACAGUUCUGAAGAUUUUGACCCUUUCGUGGAAAAUUUUGUUCUGGAGCGCCUAGCUGUUCAAACUCCAAUGAGGGUCCUGUUUGAUGUAGUUCCAGGCAUAAAAUUUCAAGAUGCUAUUGAGAUCAUUAGCAUGCAGCCUAUUGCUUCAACAUCUGCUGCCUGGAAACGGCUACAAGAUAUUGGGCUCAUGCACAUGCGCUAUGCUCUUGAAUCUGCUGUUCUUGCUCUAGGAGUCAUGGAGCGAGGUCUUGGCGAAGCAAAUGAAGCUCAAUUCCAUAGAGCUGUAUGUUAUUUGAAAGACCUGCGGAGUCACAUAGAAGCUGUUGGAAGCACUCCCCGGAAGGUCUUUAUAAUCAGCAUUCUCAUUUCACUUUUGCAUAUGGAUGAGAUAUCAGUUGAUUCGACAAAUUGCCCCUCUUCCCAAUACUCUAGUGCUUCUUGUGAACAGUCUAAUUCCAGUAGUUCAUCUGAAGGUGGAAGCAAGUUAGUGGUUACUUUUAUUGAUCUGUUACUUGAUAUAUUGCACCAAAAUCUUCCAGAACUAGAGCAGAUGGUUGAUAAUAGCGUCACGGCUGUGGCUAGACAAGCCUUACAAUGGAGAGUUUCCAAUGCAAAGCAUUUCAUCGAGGAUUGGAAAUGGCGCCUAUCUGUUUUGCAGCGCCUUCAGCCCUUAUCUGAACACUCAUGGAAUUGGAGACAAGCAUUGACUAUUCUACGUGCAGCGCCUUCUAAAUUGUUGAAUCUUUGCAUGCAAAGAGCAAAGUAUGAUAUUGGUGAAGAGGCUGUCCAGAGGUUUUCAUUACCUCCUGAGGAUAAAGCGGCACUUGAACUUGCUGAAUGGGUGGCUGGUGCUUUCAGAAGAGUUUCGGUCGAAGAUGCUGUAUCUCGUGUUGCAGAGGGAACUCCAAAUGCUGUUAAAGAACUAGAUGUUUCAUCUUUUCGUGCUCAACUAGGUCCUUUACCUGCAAUUCUUCUUUGCAUUGAUGCUGCCGCAACCUCUGCCCAAUCUGUAGACAUGUGUACAUUUCUUCUAAACCAGGGUAGGGUUAUGCUAUCAGAAAUCUAUCCUGGAAGCACUCCAAAGAUCGGUUCUGGUUAUUGGGAUCAGCUUCAUGAAGUUGCUAUUAUAUCCGUGACAAGGCGCAUCCUCCAACAUCUGCAUGAUCUAUUGGAGCAGGAGGAAGCUACAAUCAUUCAGAAAAUGCUUAUUGAGGAAAUGGUUGUCUCUCCAUCAAAUGAACAAACCCGACAAGGACAAAGACAUCGCGCUUUGGUGAUUUUACACCAGAUGAUUGAUGAUGCUCAUAGAGGAAAACGACAGUUCUUGAGUGGAAAGCUUCAUAAUCUUGCACGAGCUGUAGCUGAUGAAGAUGCAGACAAUAACUAUUUAAGGGGGGAAGGUUUCAAUUCUGAGAAGAAAGCUAGUUUGAAUUUUGAAAAAGGUGUAGUUUUUGGGCUUGGUCUCAAAGUUCCAAAACCAGUUUCUUUAAAUUCUUCAUCUGCUGAAAGUAGUGGCGAACUUGCUGGUCAUGAUGUGAAGUAUCCAGGGAAAAAGCUUUUUGGCCCAUUAACAUCAAAGCCAUCUACAUAUCUCUCGUCUUUCAUAAUCUACAUAGCAACAAUUGGUGACGUCGUUGAUGGGAUCGAUACGACUCAUGAUUUCAAUUUCUUCUCUCUUAUAUAUGAAUGGCCAAAAGAUCUUAUAACUCGCCUGGUGUUUGAACGGGGAAGCAUUGAUGCUGCUGGGAAGGUGGCUGAUAUUAUGUGUGCUGAUUUUGUGCAUGAAGUAAUUACAGCUUGUGUACCCCCUGUUUUACCUCCGAAAUUAGGUCAUGGCUGGGCUUGCAUUCCUGUUAUACCUCCCUUUUCCAGGAUGAGUUCAGAAAAUAAAAUCCCUUCAACUAAGGGAAGUCCAUGCAGCUCAUUUUCCACAGUCCCUGGAAACUCUCUUUACUCUCUUCAGCUAAAUAUAGUAAAACAUCUGGGUAAAUUGUCUCCAGUAAGAGCUGUUUUGGCAUGUGUUUUUGGGAGUAGCAUACUCUCUAGUUCUGCAGAAUUAUCUGCUUCUAGUUCUUCAAAUGAUGGAUUGAUGCAAGCACCUGAUGCUGAAAGGCUAUUUUAUGAAUUUGCACUAGACCAGUCAGAGAGGUUUCCAACAUUGAACCGAUGGAUACAAAUGCAAUCUAACCUUCAUAGAGUAUCAGAAUCUACUAUGGCAAAAAGUGAUAGUGAUGUUUCUACAACUAAACCUGAGGUAAAGAAUUCUGUCAAACGAUUUCGUGAAUCUGAAAGUGACACCGAGUCAGAAGUUGGUGAUUUGGUUGGUAGUGGUCAUGCCUCAUCGACUUUGGGAGAGUUCAAUGCCCAGGGCAACUUGGUUUCUGACUCAUGCCAAGGUUCUCCUAGAUCUGACAAAGUUGAAAUUGAUCACACAGUUUAUAUUUCAUUUGAUUGGGAGAAUGAAGGACCAUAUGAGAAUGCUGUUGAGAGGCUAAUUAAUGAAGGAAAACUCAUGGAUGCCCUUGCUUUGUCUGAUCGUUGUUUGCGUGAUGGUGCUUCUGACCGAUUGCUUCAAUUACUUAUUGAACAGGAUGAUGAGAAUAAUCCAAUCACUGGACAUCCUUAUGGUUAUGGAACUCGAAAUUUUGCUAGUAACAGUUGGCAAUACUGUAUUCGCUUGAAGGAUAAACAGCUUGCUGCUAAGCUUGCUCUCACAUUUCUGCAUAGAUGGGAACUAGAUGCUGCGAUGGAUGUUCUUACUAUGUGCAAUUGUCAUCUACCACAAAGUGAUCCGUUGAAAACUGAGGUCAUGCAAAUGCGUCAAUCUUUACAGAGAUACAAUCAUAUUUUAAGUGCUGAUGACCACUAUAGCUGUUGGCAAGAGGUUGAAGCCGAGUGUAAUGAAGACCCUGAAGGUUUAGCUCUUAGGUUAGCUGGCAAAGGUGCGGUCUCUGCUGCAUUGGAAGUUGCUGAGAGUGCAUCAUUAUCCCUUGAUUUGAGGAGAGAACUACAAGGUCGGCAACUAGUUAAAUUGCUCACCACAGACCCCCUUAGUGGCGGAGGUCCUGCCGAGGCGUCACGAUUCCUUUCCUCUUUACGUGACUCUGAUGAUGCUCUACCUGUUGCUAUUGGAGCUAUGCAACUAUUACCUGACUUGCGCUCAAAGCAGCUUCUUGUGCACUUUUUUCUGAAGAGGAGAGUUAGUAACUUAUCUGAUGCUGAGGUUACACGUCUUAACUCUUGGGCUUUGGGUCUUCGAGUGUUAGCUUUAUUGCCUUUGCCCUCGCAGCAACGUUGUUCUGCUUUGCAUGAGCACCCACAUUUGAUUCUGGAAGUUCUAUUGAUGAUGAAGCAGCUGCAAUCUGCGGCCCUGAUUCUGAAAGAGUUUCCAUCCUUGAGGAAUGAUGAUCUAAUACUGUCAUAUGCUGCCAAAGCAAUUGCUGUCAAUAUGAAUUCUGCCCCGCGAGAACCCAGGAUAUCUAUUUCUGCAUCCAGGCCUAAGCAGAAAACAAGAUCCGGCAUGCCAUCUAGGUCAAACUUUACACAAAGCAUUGGAAAUCUGCAGAAAGAGGCUCGCAGAGCAUUUUCAUGGGCCCCUCGUGAUACUGGAAAUAAGACUGCUCCAAAAGAUGCUCAUCGCAAAAGAAAGAGUUCGGGAUGGAUGCAAUCUGAAAGAGGUUCAUGGGAAGCAAUGUCUGGCAUCCAAGAGGAACGUAUCUCAGCCUACUCUGCUGAUGGCCAAGAGCGACUUCCAUUUGUAUCGAUUGCUGAGGAGUGGGUACUUACUGGAGAUUCAAAUAAAGACAAUGCAGUUCGCCUGUCUCAUAGAUAUGAAACUGCUCCUGACAUUACAGUCUUUAAGGCCUUGCUUUCAUUGUGUUCUGAUGAGUUAACUUCUGCGAAAGGUGCUCUUCAACUAUGUGUUAGUCAGAUGAAGAAUGUACUUAGCUCCCAAUAUUUGCCUUUGCAUGCAUCUACGGAAACACUGGGUCGUGCUUAUUAUGCAACUGAAAUUUAUGUGCAGGGAUUGGCUACGGUGAAAAGUCAGCUGAGGAAACUUGCUGGGACUGGUGAAUUAUUGGGCAAUUCAGAGAGAAGCAGGGAUGCUGAUGACUCAUCUACAGAUACUGGCAUCUCUAGUGUCAGUAGUCACUAUUCAGAUGAGCUGUCUGAAUUUCUGGCGCAAUCGGAGAUCUGGUUGGGGCGUGCCGAGCUUCUCCAGAGUCUUCUUGGUUCUGGAAUUGUUGCUUCCCUUGAUGAUAUUUCUGAUAAAGAAUCUGCUGCCCGUCUACGUGAUAGAUUAAUUGAAGAUGAAAGAUACAGCAUGGCCAUUUAUACUUGUAAGAAAUGCAAGAUUGAUGCUUUUCCUGUUUGGAACUCAUGGGGUCAUGCCUUGAUUCGUAUGGAACACUAUGCUCAAGCUCGUGUAAAAUUUAAGCAAGCUCUUCAGUUAUACAAAGGAGAUCCUGGCCCUGUUGUUCUGGAGAUAAUCAAUACUGUUGAGGGUGGUCCUCCAGCUGACGUUGCAGCUGUAAGGUCCAUGUAUGAACAUUUGGCAAAAAGCGCUCCAACAAUCUUAGAUGAUUCUCUUUCUGCUGAUGCUUACCUUAAUGUGUUGUACAUGCCAUCUACAUUUCCACGAUCUGAAAGGUCUAGGAGGUUUCAAGAAGCUGCAAAUUAUAAGGCUAUGCUAUCAGGUUCAGGUUUAGGUUUUGAUGAUGGCCCUCGCAGCAACCUUGACAAUGUUCGAUAUAUUGAAUGCAUUCAUUAUUUACAAGAAUAUGCUCGCCCACAGAUUCUUGCUUUCAUGUUCAGGCAUGGCCACUAUACUGACGCUUGCUUGCUAUUCUUUCCACUGAAUGCAAUACCAUCACCUCCUCAACCAGCAUCACAUGGAGCAGCAACUCCUACUCAACGCCCUGAUCUCUUGGCUACUGACUAUGGAACAAUUGAUGAUUUAUGUGACUUCUGUGUGGGUUACGGGGCCAUGUCUGUUCUGGGAGAUAUAAUAUCUGAGAGAAAAGCAUCAUCUGCAUCACAGGAUGCAACUGUCAUCCAGUAUACAAAUGCUGCUCUUGGCCGUAUAUGCAAUUACUGUGAAACACAUCGUCAUUUCAAUUAUCUUUAUAAGUUUCAGGUCAUAAAGGGCGAUCAUGUCGCUGCUGGUCUUUGCUGUAUUCAAUUAUUCAUGAAUUCUUGCGCACAGGAGGAGGCUGUGAAACAUUUGGAGCAUGCAAAGGUCCAUUUUGAAGAAGGGUUAUCAGCAAGGCACAGGGCAGGGGAAACAACAAAAUUGGUGUCCAAGAGUCGCAGUAAGAGUGCCUCAGAAAAACUUAGUGAGGAGGGGCUUGUCAAGUUCUCAGCUCGGGUAGCCAUACAGGUUGAUGUAGUGAAAGCAUUUAAUGAUAUUGACGGGCCGCAGUGGAAUCAUUCUCUUUUUGGAAAUCCAAAUGAUCCUGAAACUUUUAGGCGACGGUGCAAGGUUGCAGAAACCCUCUCUGAGAAGCAUUUUGACCUGGCAUUCCAAGUAAUAUAUGAGUUUAACCUUCCUGCUGUUGAUAUCUACGCUGGUGUAGCAGCAUCUCUCGCAGAGAGGAAAAAAGGCAGUCAGUUAACAGAGUUCCUGAGAAACAUUAAAGGCACAAUUGAUGAAGAUGACUGGGACCAGGUGCUAGGUGCCGCAAUUAAUGUGUAUGCCAAUAAACACAAGGAACGGCCUGACCGGCUAAUCGACAUGUUGACCAGCAGCCACAGGAAAGUAUUGGCUUGUGUCAUCUGUGGACGUCUGAAGACUGCCUUCCAAAUAGCAUCCAGAAGUGGAAGUGUUGCUGAUGUUCAAUAUGUCGCCCAUCAGGCACUCCAUGCAAAUGCACUCCCUGUCCUUGAUAUGUGCAAGCAAUGGUUGGCUCAAUACAUGUAGUUUGGCACCGGAACCAGCACCGGCACCGGCACCGGCACUCUCAACAUCCUCGGAUAUUGGAGUUUAAUCCAAUCUUAAGCUGGGCAUUAGUUGAUGAGAAAUAGGAACACAGGAGAAGCCGUGGCACAAGCCCCAAGCUGAAUUCUGCAACAUAUUGUUGUCCGAUAGAAACUUCAAUGCGCGACUGUUCAUGAUCAUGAGGGGCAAGCAAAAUCUUCGGCUGAAAUGCGAGGUGUCAUUGCAAUGCCCUUCAUAUUUCAUUCCGUGGAGGUAUCAACAGGAUAACAAGACUUCGGGGCAUGAACAAUUUUAAGUUAUUCCUUGUACAAAAGUGCCCUUUUCUUCUGCUUCUGCCUUUUGUUUAUCCAUAAUGUCUUGUAGGCUUGUAGAUUUGCAUUGUUUAGUAUCAUAUGAGAGAGAGAGAGAGAGAGAGAGAGAGAGAGAGAGAGAGAGAGAGAGAUGGUUGUUUCAUGCAAUGAA